AUGUUGACAUUAGCACAAUUAAAUCAACAUUUAGACGAUGAGCAUACUCUGGGAACUACUAGUGGCAACAGUGAUGAAAGCGCAAACGGAAAUGAAAACGAAGACGAGAAUGAAAACAAGAGACUAACGAUUGGUAUUGAGAAGGAUUUCAAGAACUGGUUCAAAGAGAAUUUCAUUGGCCCACAACAGCAGCAACAACCUUCGUCACCAAGAAAGUUCAAGGCGGAUAUAUUUGAUAGUAACUUCAGUUUAAGUGAAAGCUCCAGAAGCAGCAGUCCGGAUGGAUUGCAGAAGAAGUCAUCGUCGUCAUCUUCCAGGCAUCCUAUUAAGAAUGGUGUAGUGCCGGUAAUAAUACCAAGAGCACAUUGGCAGAAGCCAUCAGGAAACAGCUAUUGUCAUUACGAAGGAUGCAAUAAAAACCUCGGGUUGAAAAACGGCCAGGUCAACUGCCGGAAGUGCGGUAGAUUAUUCUGCGAUUACCAUACGCUGUAUCGAAUGAAGAUCAAUGCGAAGCUUGAGAGCGAUGUUGAAAAUGGUGUGUGGAGCAGAGUUUGUGUUGACUGUUUCCAGCAACGACCGUGCUGGGAGCGAGCAAAUGAUGGACAAUUUAGGGAUUUGACCGUAGUAUUCAAAAGACUGCGAGAUAAGAAAGUUGGCACCAUUAACUUGGGUAGGUUGAACUUGGAAAAGCGGUUGAUAAAGUUUUUGAAUUACUUGGAACUUGUCGGUGAAGGGAAGAAGAGUUUGAGUGAAUUCUAUGCAUUUGAGAGAGAUUUGGUUCCUUGGCAAGAUGCAGCAAAGUACCGGAAAUGUUCUGUAUGCCAAUCGCCGUUCUCAUUUUUUGUUCGUAAGCAUCAUUGUCGGAUCUGUGGAUCUGUGGUAUGUGGGGAUCCGUCCAAGGGGUGUUCCAUGCCAGUUCCUGCGAAUCUUAUUGCCGGCAUUCUUAAUAUUAGAUUGCCAGGGGAGGAAAAGGAUUCACAAGUAGGAUCCUUUGAAGGCCCAACCGGAAACAUCACAAUACGGCUAUGUCUGCUCUGCAAGAGAAGGAUUUUUGAUAGACGAUUGGCAUCUGAAGAAUCUGUAAAGCUUGAUAGCAGUGAUUUUAUCAUCACUUUCAAGAGGUUCCUGGCCUUGAGAACUCAGGUAGAAAAGGCCAGAGGUGUUGCCGAUGAACUUAAGUUGAUCGGCUAUUUUACAAAGAUUGAGCAACUACUUAAGGUUCUUUCUGCAAAAGUGAAGGUUCUAGAUAAUCAGGCUGAAGAGCAAGCAUCGACGAGGGUCAAUGCUCAGACUGGACAGAACAUCCAGUUACCAAACAAACCUUUCAACGUGGAUCAAUAUAGGCUCUACAGAUCACUUGAACAGCGAAUUGUCAGUUACAUUCAGGAAAAUCUACCGGAGCUUCGACGCAUUCAACAAAGUAAGAUUGCCGAAGAGAAGAAAUUGAUUGGAGAGAAGGAAGAACAGCAGGAUGGUGCUCCAAAGCUAACCAAGCGCGAGAUCCGUCUAAAGCGUGAGAAGUUGAUGGUGCUUAACGAGCAAAAGUUCAUGAUUCAAAACUUGCACGAGGAGUACAAAAAGCAGCGUAAAUUUGAUGACUUGCAGCCUCUAGACGAUAAUCUGUCGGACCUCCGUAAGGAGAUAGAGGGCCUACGCUUGGAAUUGGGCGACGAAGCAUUUUAA